AUGAUGGGAGAUGUGCAGAAGAUAUUUACAAUAAUUUUAAAUAUGGAAUUCAUACUUGGAUAUCUAAUAAAUGGAUUCAUAGUCCUAGUGAACUGCACAGACUUGGUAAAGAGGAAAAAGUUAUCUUCAGCUGAUCAAAUCCUCACUGCUUUGGCAAUCUCCAGAAUGGGUAUGUUCUGGUUAGCAUUACUUGACUGGUGGAUAUUUGUUCAGUGCCCAGCUUUGUCGAUAACUAGAAGUAUAUUUAAAAUGAUUAAUAUUACCUGGACAAUGAUCAGUCACUUUAGCCUCUGGUUUGCUACAAGUCUCAGCAUCUUUUAUUUUUUGAAGGUAGCAAAUUUUUCUAACUCUACUUUUCUCUACCUAAAACGAAGAGUUAAAAAGGUGGUUUUGCUGACCUUACUUGUGGCUUCAGUCCUCUUGUUUUUAAAUAUUAUAUUUGUAAAUGCAGAUAUUAAUGUCAUGAUUAAUGCAUAUAAAGGAAAUUUGUCUUAUAGUUCCCAUGAUGCACAAUUUUCCAAACUUCUUCCAUUCACUAGGACUAUACUCCUGUCCUUUCCCUUUAUUGUAAACCUGACAGCUUUCCUCCUGCUCAUCUUUUCCCUGAUGAAACAUUUGAAGAGGAUGCAGAGCAAUUUCAGAAGAUUGGGAGACGCCAGCACCAUGGCUCACAAAAAAGCCUUGCAAAUCAUGAUGGCCUCCUUCCUUCUAUAUACCAUUUACUUUCUGUCACUUCUUGUUAAAGUUUGGAAUUCUCAGUUAUUAAUGAAAAACCUCACCUUUUUUCUUAGCCAUACAGCUGCUCAUGCUUUUCAUUUAUGUCACUCAUGUGUUUUGAUUUGGGGGAGUAGUAAACUGAGACAGGCCUGUCGUUCAGUGCUGAGGUGGCUGGGAUAUGGGUCCAAUGAUGUAGAUCCUUUGGGUCUAUAG